AUGAAGACUUCACUCGUUCUGCUGGCUGUUGCCAGUCUUGCAUUCGCUGGGCCUGUUCUGAGGAGGGACGACCACUCGAGUGACUACGGAUAUCCUACUCCCGAAACCCAUCCCGCUCCUCCAGAGCCAACAGAAGAGCCUGAAGGUUAUCAUCCGCCGCCUGAAACACACUCACUGCCUGAGACCACCGAGGAUCCCAAGCCAUCGGAGAGCUACCCUCCUCCGCCGCCGGAAACACACCCGCCGCCUGAGACCACCGAGGAGCCCAAGCCAUCAGAGAGCUACCCUCCUCAUCCCCCACCGACGUCUUCUACCUCGUAUGAGACAAGUGAAACACAUCCUCCCCCAAAGACGACGGAAAAGCCACCAAAGACGACAGAGAAGCCGCCUCCAGAAACCACCACGGAGAAGCCCCCUCCAGAGACCACAACAACAACAAAAAAGCUACCCCCAGAUACCACCACAGAGAAGCCACCUCCAGAGACCACAACAACAACUAAAAAGCUACCUCCGGAGACGACAACAGAGAAGCCGCCCCCAGAAACUACCACAGAGAAGCCACCUCCAGAGACAACAACAACAACAAAAAAGCCACCUCCAGAGACGACAACUGAGAAGCUCCCCCCAGAGACAACGACGGAGAAGCCGCCCCCAGAGACGACGACAACAACAAAGAAACAAACAGAGAAGACGACGGAGAAGACAACAGAGAAGCCGCCUCCAGAGACAACGACAAAGAAGACAACAGAGAAGACGACGGAGAAGACAACAGAGAAGCCGCCUCCAGAGACAACGACAAAGAAGACAACAGAGAAGACAACAGAGAAGACAACAGAGAAGCCGCCUCCAGAGACAACGACAAAGAAGACAACAGAGAAGACGACGGAGAAGACAACAGAGAAGCCGCCUCCACAGACGACGACAGAGAAGACGACGGAGAAGACGACGGAGAAGCCGCCUCCGCAGACGACGACGGAGAAGACGACAGAGAAGACGACGGAGAAGACAACAGAGAAGCCGCCUCCAGAGACAACGACAAAGAAGACAACAGAGAAGACGACGGAGAAGACAACAGAGAAGCCGCCUCCAGAGACAACGACAAAGAAGACAACAGAGAAGACGACGGAGAAGACAACAGAGAAGCCGCCUCCACAGACCACAACAGAGAAGACGACGGAGAAGACAACAGAGAGGCCGCCUCCACAGACCACAACAGAGAAACCACCUCCAGAGACGACGACAGAGAAGACAACAGAAAAGCCGCCUCCACAGACCACAACAGAGAAGCCACCUCCGGAGACCACAACAGAGAAGCCACCUCCAGAGACGCACCCUACACCACCACCUACCUCUGAGAAACCACCUCCGUCUCCAGAGACCCAUCCUACGCCGUCACCUACUUCGGAGAAACCUGUCUCUCCGCCUGCGCCGGUGGAGACGCAUCCUACACCAUCUCCACCAUCUUCAACCUACGGUCCGGUAGCACCACCUGCAUCGUCAGCUGAGACCACCCUUGUACCUUCGGCUCCAGCUAGCUCGGCCACGACAUCAGCACCAGCUCAAUAUACCGGCGCAGCGGUAAGUAACAGGCCCGCUGUUGCUCUGGUGGGCGGGGUGAUUGCCCUCAUGGUGCUGGCAUAG